AUGUCUAUAAGAAUUUUUUAUCAAGAUUAUCCUAAUAAUCCUUAUAUAUAUGCUCAGUAUAUUGCUGGAGGAAAGGUUUUUCGUUCAAAAUAUAAGAUAAUUGCACUUGGUCAUUAUCCACAAAAUGUUAAGUAUACACAGAAAAGUGGUUGUGAUCAAAAUUCUAUUCAAUAUCAAAUUUCUGAUAGAUAUAUCGUAAAGACGGAAGUUGCAGACCAGAUGCUAUGUUGUGAAACAAAGUACACUUUGAAAAAUAAAGUUUUAUAUACUAUUACAUGGAAAGAAGGUCGAGCAGAAUGGGUAGUAUCUAGUGAGCGGUCUGCUAGUAGAGCUGUAAAUGCAUUUUUAAAG